AUGGCCCUGAUUUUCUUUCUGGUAAAAGGUGCUCGCACAGCUCUGGGCUUCAUCCGCCGCCCACUGUUUCGUGUUCUGGAGUUCUUUGAUCUGGAGCAGUCCAUACCUCUACCUCGAGUGUCGGCAGAUCCUGACCUAAACCACACUGAACUUGUUAUUGAGGAGCCAGUGCAACCCUCAGCUGCACACUUGGGAGAUCCUGCAGCGUAUAUCAAAGUCGCCUUACCCCGAUUCAUGCGACCUAAGGCACUGAGAUACCAUCCGGAUCGGGUUCAGUCAACCGCAUAUCUCGACGCACUACGCGGCUAUGCUGCAUGUGCAGUGGUCAUGUUCCACAUGCACGGAUAUCCAGAGGGUGGCAUCAUGUAUCAACCCAUACUUCGCCUCUACUCGGCUGGCCCUGCCAUGGUCAACCUUUUCUUCGUCAUCUCAGGUUAUGUACUGAGUUUGCGGAUGUUGAAAUUGAUGAGGGCACAGCAAUCUGGACAGUUGUUGGACUGUCUGGCAUCUUCAAUGUUUAGACGAUAUCUCCGACUAUAUGUCCCCACCGCUUUAGCGACCUUUCUCACAAUGAUUAUGAUCCAUCUCGGUUGGUGCAAAAAGGCGUUGUUACUGCCAACUUGGAGCCAGCAGUUUUGGGACUGGCUCAUGGACGUUGGAUAUUCCAGUAAUCCUUUCGAAGCUGUUGCUGGGUGGUAUACUCUGGAUGGAUAUCGGACGAAAUUUCUCGAUCAGAUGUGGACUAUACCUGUCGAGUUUCGUGGAAGCAUCAUCCUUUUUGCUUUCUGUACAGCAACUUGCAAGCUUUCGACGAGGGCCAGAAUAUGGACUUCGUUGGCCAUCAUCACUUUCUCUUAUUAUUGGGAAGUCAUAUAUGUUGCAGCCUUCAUAUCUGGCAUGUUGAUUGCGGACGUGUCUUUGAGUUGGAACCCAAGCCGGCAACUACAGACGAGACUACCACAGCAACAUGGAGGUGGACUUUCUUGGGGCCACCGACAUCAUGGGCUAGCCAUAGCUCAACAAUGCGGUCCCAUUUGCGUUUUCAUUACUGGUUUGGUACUGCUUAGCCAACCCCCAGACCUGGGAAUCGAAGGCCCGUUUCCCUUUCAAUACCUCAUUUAUGGAAUCCCACCACACUACUCGGACGGUGCGGAGCAUUUCUGGCUCAGCAUUGGGGCGAUCAUGACCAUCGCCGGUAUCGAAUACUCUCCAAUCUUGCAGAGACCCCUUACCUCGGGAAUCUCUCUGUAUGUAGGAGAACUUUCCUUUGGAAUUUAUGCCGUGCAUAACACACUUCUAUGGGUAUUGUAUUACGAGUUAAUGGCUCCUUGGAAAAAGUUACACUAUCCGGAUUCGCAGUGGAUAUAUAUCCCAAUCACUGUUGUGAUGGCACUGGUGAUCUUUUGGGCAGCAGACUACUUUGCACGAGUGGACAAGAAAAUUGUCGCCUUUGGGAAAUGGCUCCAACAUGAAUCCUUUGUGGAAUGGGAGAGGAAUUCCUAA